AUGGACUCGAAUUCACAUGUGUCCGACGACCAACUCUCUCCGCAGAGUGAGAGAAGGGGAUCUGUUAUCAGUAUCACCCUUCCAAUUCUAGGCAACCGUUCCCCAUCCGCUAAUGCGUCGGAAAUGCGAUAUGCUUCGCUCUCCGAAAAUUCCAAGCGGAUGCUCGGGAUCCUGUCCAUCCUCAACCCGGAUGGCGUCCCCUAUGAACUAUUCCGACACGGGGCGAGCACCGCAGUGCGGCGCGGUCUUCUGGAUCUGAAAUACCUGCAGAAUCCAGUGCGGUUUUACGCAUCGCUGCAGGACCUGAUGCAAAAGUCUAUUGUCGGGUUGGAGUUCAGUUCUCUGACGAUCUACAUCACCAAGGACCUGCAGAGGAGGAGCUACAGCCAGCUUUGCAAAGAUGAUACCCUUCGCCGAGCUGUCUUCGAACAGGCCGUGCAUUUGCUGACUUGCUCACAGCCAGAGCCUGAGAAAGCUAACGAGCACACGUCGUCGAAGCAGAACUGGGAAUGGUCGAAGAGGUACGAGUCCAGCAUCAAGGCCCUUGUGCAGCACUUUCUAGGCUGUCCGAGUGCCUGCGAAGGGUACGAGAACCAGCUCGCAUCUCUAGUCUAUCAAUGCGCUGUGUACCAAGUCGAACGCUCUUUCCACAGCGCAGCAUCCGAAACCCUCAAGCUGGCAAACGACAUCUUGGAUCUCUCUCGAUCGCCGAAUAUCGUCUUCAUGUCGGACUGCAGGCGCCUCGAGGCCCGGAUUUUCAAUGAGACGAACCACCCCGCCGAGGCGAUCAAGGCCAGCCAGGAGUCGCUUGCGUACGCGGAGAUGGCCAAGGAACAGGACCUCCUCCCCGCCGUAGACGAGCGUUUUCCUCGCAUUCUCACCGGGUACGCGAAUUCGCUCAGUCAGCUUAAAGACUUUGACGUGGCGACUAAGGUACAGCAGGAGGCUUUGGAUCAUGUGCAGAAGUUCCCGGGAUACAGUGAGAUCCGGAAGCUCGUCCACGCGAACUGGGGGUCUCUUCUCUACUGCCAGGACAAAUACGAUGACGCUGCGAGGGUGCUGUGUCAGAGCCUGGACAGUGAUCCGGAUCAGCCGAUGGCACUGCAUCAUCUGGGCAACACCUAUUUGGCACUUGGGAAGACGAACGAGGCCCUCGCGGCUCAUGGGAAGGCCCUCGACCUCAAUACUGAACGGUUCGGGCCCCAGCAUGCGGUCAGUGCUGUGAGUAUGUUCAAGGUUGGUCAGGUUCUGGUCGAAUCCAUGAAGGAACCUAUGCGAGCGAUCAGCUACUUGCGCCAAUCGCUCGAUUGUUUCUUGAUGCAGGAUUCUCCGUAUUUCAACAGGAUCGGUGCGGCGAGAGCGGCACACAUGCUGUCACGAGCUUUCCAGGAGAUGGAGGUGUAUAUGGAGGCCAGCGAGUAUCUACAGUUUGCAAGAGACUUGCGGUCUGAAGUUAUUGGGGAGGUGGGUUCGACAGCGGACACUGAUGAAUACUACAAGUCUUUGAUGUUCUACUGGGAUCAGUGA